AUGGCUCCGCAGCCGGCGCAACCGCCGAUUCCUGCCGCCACCAGCGCGGUUGCUGAUGACAGCAAUCUGGUCGGGCCCCCCUCGGGCCUGCUGGCAAUCCCUUCGCAGUACAGCUCGGAACAGCGGCUUCGGCAAAGCAUGAAGCACGCUGGCCACGAUGAGGCGCGCGAGGAUGGCUACCGGCUGAAGGGAAUUCAGUUGAUUGAUAGCGUUCGACAGAGCCUGCAAUUGCCUGUCAAAACGUUCGACACCGCAGCGAUCUACUACCACAAGUUCCGCGUACGCUUUCCAAGUAACGAAUACAAUUACGAGGACGUCGCGCUGGCUGCCCUCUUUGUGGCUUGCAAGGCCGAGGAUACCAUCAAGAAGUCGAAAGAGAUCCUUUGUGCCGCACACAAUCUCAGGCAGCCGCAUGACCACAAGACGCCCGAUGACAAGAUAUUCGAGGUCCCGUGCCGGUUCACUGUCGGGCUGGAGCGCCAUAUUCUCGAAACUAUUGGCUUCGACUUCCGCGUCCAAUACCCCCAGAAGCUGCUUGUCAAGAUGAUUAGAAGGAUGUUUCCGCGCGAGGACGUCCGUAUUCGGGAGGAGGGCAGAAAGUUCCUUCGUAUCGCCUACAACAUGUCGAUUGACAUCUACAAGACCUUCGCGCCCAUCAAACAGGCCAGCUUCACCCUCGUACUCGCCAUCAUUGAACUGACGUCACUCCUCUUGGAUACGGACCCCGAGAAGACGAAAGACUUGAAGAAGGCCGCGGCCUGGCAUUCUGAGAGAUCUUGCGUGCUCGAAACCAUGCUGGAUCUGCUGGACCUUUACACGCAGUUCCCCAAGUCCACCAAGGUCGGAACUCGACUCGCCCUCGACAAAGUCAUGGAUGUCAAGAUCAGCAUCAAUAGCCUGGUGGCCAAGGAGAAGCAUCAGCGCUAUCACGGCUGGUGUGAUCGAUGCGCCCCGGAGCUAUUGGACACCCGGUCCCUGACACCCGCCUCGACCACGUCGCCUGCAACCAAUUCUUCGCUGCAUGGAAGCAGCUUAGUGAAGCGCAAACGGGCGCCCAGCGAGGGGACCCAGCGAUUCGUCUUUGACGCCGCGGAGGCGCGAAAGGAGAAGGAGAUUGUUGGGCGCUACUUCGACGACGAGUACGAAGAGGAGGAGGUGGAAGUCGAUGAGCCGAUUCGAGAACCAGAGCCUCGCCAUCCGGGUCGAAUCAACCAUUCUUAUCGCGGCCAUGGCCACAACCAUGCGGACUAUGGGUGGUCAGGCCAUCGGAGCAGCAGACACGGCCACCCGAGCGACCGGCAUCGAAGUCGGAGAGGCCAUGGAUACUGA